AUGAAAUUCGAUGAAGAUUUGAUUGUCUUUUUGAUUCUACUAUUCUCAUGGGGAGAAUGUUUGUGGGAGCUGUAUUUGUCUCUGCGGCAGUUGAAAAUAUACAAGACUAACAACACCAUACCAAAUGACUUGAAGGAAAUGCUAAAUGAAGAAUCUUUCAAGAAAGCUCGUCUUUAUGGUAUAGACAAAUCUCGAUUUAAAAUAGUGAAAGAAUUAUACAGUAUAGUAUUAACAUCAGUGGUGUUAUACAAAAGGUGGAUUUAUGUGGCAUGGCAGCAAUCUGAAGAUAUUGCUGCUUAUUUCCACAUUACUCCUGAGAGAGAGAUUCUAGUCAGUUGUGUGUUUAUGAUAUUUGUUACAUUGUUCAAUUUUGUUGUCAACAUGCCAUUCACUAUUUAUGGUACCUUUGUAUUAGAACAAAAACAUGGUUUCAACAAGCAGACUGCAGGCUUCUUUAUAAAAGAUCAGUUAAAAUCUUUGUUACUGAACUUUGUCAUCACCCUCCCCAUUAUAUCCAUUGCUAUCUAUAUUAUAAUGCUUGGAGGAAACAUGUUUGUGGUAUGGUUGUGGAUGUUCACCACCGUAGCGACAUUGUUGCUGCUGACAAUAUACCCAUCUGUUAUUGCUCCUCUAUUUGAUAAGUUUGUACCAUUACCUGAUGGCUCUUUAAGGAAGGGUAUAGAAGGUUUAGCCUCAAGACUUCAUUUUCCUCUGUCUCAAAUAUACAUUGUUGAAGGAUCCAAGAGGUCAGCACAUAGUAACGCUUACUUUAGUGGUCUGUUUGGUAACAAGAGGAUAGUCUUAUUUGAUACCUUAUUGGAGAAGUUUGACGAAGAAAAGAAAGUAACUACAGGGUGCACAGAAAAUGAAAUUCUAGGAGUUUUAGCUCAUGAGCUUGGUCACUGGAGUUGCAGUCACAUUUAUAAGUCUAUUGCUCUCACUGAAGUUAAUUUGCUUCUUUUGUUCACUGCCUUUGGAUUCCUUUUCAAGUAUUCAAUGUUGUAUACAUCCCUUGGUUUCCCUGCUGGUCAAGAGCCAAUCAUUAUUGGUCUGAUUGUGGUCUUACAGAUGAUCCUUGCCCCAUACAAUUCCGUGUUAUCUUUCUUCGCCACAGCUCUCUCCAGGAAAUUUGAAUUUGAAGCUGAUAACUUUGCUGUUUCUUUAUCAUAUUCCAAUGAGUUAAGAUCUGCUCUUAUAAAGCUGGGCAAAGACAAUUUGGACUAUCCAAUUUAUGACAAAUUGUAUUCAGCAUGGUAUCACUCACAUCCGACUUUGUUACAUAGGAUUGAAAACAUAAGAAACCAAAUUACAAAUGAAAAGAAGGAUUAA